UCAAAAAGAAAUAUUCAUACAUUUGCGAAGUGUCAUCCAUUGAAUUUGCUACAUAUCGACCAACAAACUCAAAGUUGACAUGGCGAUGGCGGUGGAUUAUGAAUUGCCUCUUAUUUAAUGUUCCGCGUUUAGUGUUGACACUCUCUGAUUUGUUGUAUGAAAUUCUUCUUUACUAGCCCACCAGUUGCAAGCGGUUUUUCUGGUGGUGGAGGGAUGAAAUGCUUCUCAGCUGUUUAAACCACAAGCCGAUCCUCACAUUGCCAGAUGUGCUUCCAAAUUCUCCACUGUGACUAAGUGAUUGCAGUACAGCAAUUUCUCUUGAACUAACAGAGAACUACUCUGAGUCCGAGCAGCAUGCUGCAACAUGUACAGUUCGAGAUAAUCAUGUCAUUGUAGAGAUGUGUUAAAGGAACUAAUGAAAGUUGAAGAACAGAGCUACAUCAUUUUUGCAGCUGUUUGUAUGCUGUGAACGAACUAUAACAAUUUUAAUUUUGUGAGACUUUGUCCUGAUAAUUUGAAGUUCAGAGAAAGUACUGUAAUGGUUUUAUCAUAGCUUUUUAAGAAAACAUUUUAUGCUGUAGUUAUGUGUUUUUCUUGCGUUAGCACUGAAUUAUUAGUAAUGAGUAUGUCCUGUAGAACACAAACCUAGCUUUUUCUGAAGCAAGUCUCAACAACAGUAAAGUGAAAAAUGACAGUUCCAAAAAGAACUUGUGUAUAAAAACAAUGUUCCAAACAUCAUUUUUUUUGCUGUACCAAAACUGUGUGCAGUCUAUUGUGAAUAUAUACCACGUUCUAAAAAUUCAGAUAGUGUAUGAGACCAAGAAAUUGUGUAUUGAAGUUUUAGCUGAUUUACAUUUAGAAGGAAAUGAUUAUUAUUUAUAAAAUAAAAUAAGAAAAAACUUCUGUUUUGUAUGAACAUCGGUGAACUUUUAAUAUUAAAGUCGUCAUUAAAUUAGAAGUGUGAGUUUUGAUAUGAAAAUUUUUGCUAACAAAUUUUCAUAUGCCACAAACAGUAAGAAGAUUAAAUCUGUACAAGAGAGGGAUAAUGUAACGUGUUCAGAAUUAGCAUACAACAAAAUAAAUUGUGAUGAAGUGUCACAGUAUAGCAGUUCAGAUGUCACAACGGGCAGAAUAUCACCCUCUCAAAAAAAAAUUGAAUCUUUGCAUGUUUUUCGCAAUGAGGAAGGAAAUGUUACCAAUAGGGCCAGUAAAAGCAAAAGUUUAUCUUUGGGGAAGAGCAGAGUACAAACCAUUCAUAAACUUAAGGAACUACGUGUUGUUCUGAAAAGAUUGCCUGAACUGUGGUUAAGAAAAAAUCAGUUCACUGUUGGCAGAAUCGAUAAACUAUCAAAUCAAAAUAAAUAUACUUCCAGAAACAUAGCAGUUAAACCAAAUUCUUGUUCUGAUGUCAACAAAAGCAAUUGCACCAAAGCACAAGUUACAGAUAGUUCUGAUUCAUCAUCAACUCUAGAUGCAGUGCUUCACAAAGGAAUCACUGAUUCCUCAGCAGUACAGGAUGCUGAGCUGAUUUUGUUUUUGUCUAAGUUUAAAACAGAGCAUCCAGAAUUUUUAGUCAAGAAACUGCAUGUAUCUUUACACAAAUUGUCAAGUAAUUUACAUUCAUAUAAUUGGUCUCAGAUAGAAAACAUUUAUCAGAGAUGCAAAGAUUGCCACAUCAUUACUGUUCAUAACAGCAUUAAUCAAGAAAAUUCACCCAACCGAGCGGCAGUCGAUAAGAGUUCAACUCGGUUAGAAUCAAGUAAGAAACUGAGCAUUUUACAUGGGAGUGAAAGUUCUUAUGAAAAUUUGAAUGUGGUAGUUAAGAGAAAAAGACAGAGAAAGUGGCAUUUCAAUUGCAUAUUUUGUUCAGAUGAUAAUGAGACAGCUCAACAGAACCAUUUAUCCAAAAAAUGUAGAGGACUUGAAUCAGUGAAAACAUUUUCUCCUUUUGUGCUAACAGAGAUAGAACUCAGUGAAAACGAAAUGGAUUCCUCAGAUACGUCUUAUAUUCCUGCUAAAGAAAGAAAGCGUACUGUUCAUAGUAAGCAAAAUAUCCAUAAUAAAGAAUUAUCGAGAUUGCGCAGGGUGUCGCCCAUGGAACUUAUAAAUGCUGUAAAGUAUGCAAUGCAUUUGGCACUGACUGAGCCAUGGUUGCAGCUGGAUGUGUCUGGUCCUCCAGAAUGCUGUGAAUCUCAACAUCAUAGGAUGGUAUUGCAUUGGAUGAAGCCAGAUAUAAGUAUGUCUGAUUUAUUCAGAAAUGCUCUGUCACAAGGUGUAUGGCUCCCAUCUUUACUUCACAUGAUGAUUUCUGCUGGGGCAAUUCCUCAGCCUGAGGAUGUGCAAAACAUUCUGCUGUUUGUCAUGACAUCAGAAGACCAGAUAGUAAAAGAAAAUGCAUUAACAAUAAUACAGAUGUUAUUUGAUGUAUGGCCUCCAUGCUGUCUCCAUACGGGCUCUUAUUACAGUUCUGUCUUCAGAAAGUCGCACAAGGUUGGGUGCCAGGAAUACAAUGGAUUGCUCUUAUCAAUGGUUGCAGUCCUCCAUUCCCAGUUGAGUUGUAAGGUUGAGAUGGCAUCUGACUUGGUCACUUAUUCAGCUUUAGUCAUUAAAAUUGUUGUCAGUGCAUUGGCAGCUGAUGUGGCAAGUUGGCUUUCCCGACAUCAGACGAAGAAAAGCACAAAAACAGAAUAUGAGGUACCUCUCGCUCAGAUAGCCCUAGGGCAAACAGGGGAUGCACAAAUACAAUUCUCUGACGUAAAGAUCAUUGUGAAACUGUGCAUCUGUGAUCGGAGAACAACACUGCAUCAUAAUGUUUUUAUGGAUCUUCUACACCUCAUUGCAGAAGUAUAUAGAAUACGCUACGCAGUUCCACUUAAAGAAUAUCCAGGCUUAGGAACAAACUGUCAUUUGCUUGCUAGUGAGAUAGUUUCUCAAAUGGAACACUGUGGUAUGAAAAGUGAAAGCAUAGGCCAGUUUCUUUGUGUUUUGAAGCCUAAUUGGUUGUCGAUGCUUGUUGGUCAGAAGUUAUUGGAGAAACUUCAAGGACCACUGCGUGGAUCAGUGAUAGAUACAGUGACCAGUUACAUAUUGGAGUACAAAGAUUUUCUGAAAAGAGAAGUCACAUGUGAUGAACAGUAUGGAAAACAUAAGGUCAGCACCAAGGAUACAAAUGCAAAGAAAGUAAACAAGAGAGACUGCAAAGGUGAAGUGCAGCUGCAUAGAUCAUGUAGACGUGGAAACGUAAAUGCUGUGCACAGAAUUUUAGAAGUGCCAGGUGUAGAUGUCAAUAUUUGUGAUAAUGCGGGUUGGACACCACUACAUGAAGCUGUUCACUACAGCCACACAGCUUGUGUGCAAGCACUAUUAAAUUUUAUACCAUCUCCUGGGAGCCCAUACGUUUAUACAGCAGCACGAGCAGAUUGUGGAACAACACCGUUGAUUAGUGCAGCAAUUGCUGGAGAUGCGGACAUGUGUCAUCUGCUGUUACAGCACACAGGCAUUGUGCUACUUGAAGAUGUUCUGGAAGGUAAUGAUAUAAAACCACAACUAAAGGAGCACAUACCUGAAGAAAUACAAUCACUGCUAAAGACAGCAAAACUGAAAUAUGAAAAUAUCAUAGAAAGACAUUUGGGAGUAUCAUUAUCAGUCGAGAUAUGGACUCGCCUACAUCCUCUGCUUUUACCUCUUGUCUGCAGUCACAUGGCCACAUAUCAUGUGCCACUUGUAAGAAGUCAAUUUGGGCAAGCGCGGUGUGGUGCAGUGCAGGCAUCUUCUACUCAUGUUGAGUACUCAACUAUACGACAAAUCAUGAGAACUCUCCGAAGCUUUGAAAAAAUGAGAAAGGUUAUAAACCAUCUUUGUAAGCGGCAUGAAAUUCCAAUUUCAGCUGUACAUAAUUUUCAGAGCUACUUUUAAAAAAAGUAUUAAGACAUUGGAGGCAUAUUAGUUCCUUUGUUGUUAGUGAAUUUGUGACUGCUUGUUGGUGUAUUGUAAGACUGUUAGCGUAAUUCAUUCCUUAAAAUGUGUUUAUGCCUGUGACAUCUCUGACUAGCUUCACAAUAGUACUGUCUUUUAAAUGUAUCUUCUCUGAUGGUUUCUUGAAUUUUAUUUGUAACUUGGAGGACAAAACACCUUUUAGGUGCAAAUAUUGGUAUCAUCACUUGUUCCCCGUAAGUCAUAAAUGUAUUGUCUCGUGAUCACAACCAAAGCUCAAUAUGUAUUUAGAGCAAUGAUCUUUUCUACUCAGUAUUCUUAUUUUUGGUUUGGAGCUAUUCAGGGGAACCUUCUAUUAUUGUUUCCAAAGUGAGUAGUCAUCCACGACCAAAGUUGCAUUAUUAUUUUUACAAGUAAUAUUUACUUGCUAUACUCAGAAGCUUACUUUAAUUGUAUGAAAAUGUAACACUAGUAAUUCUAAGAAUCCUAUUUUAAGUGAUAAAACUGUUUUGAAACUGAUGUCAUUCCAGUUUAAUUAUUUUGAUUACAUCAGCUAUUUUAGUUGCUAAUGUGAUGAUACUUUUUGUUUGUUUUAGCUUGUAUUUGAUACAGCCACAUUUCCUUUUUU